AUUUAAUAGGCUACCAAAUACACCCUGAUAUAACAGAUAGCCUACUACAUUUCAUGAAUAAUGAUAUCAUAAAUUAUGGAAAGUAAAAAAAAAAAAAAAACAGGUCGAUCUCGCGCAGCACUCAGGCCACUAAGAGGUUAAAAGAAGGGAGGUCAUUUGUGGUGUUUGGUCAGACACUGAUAGGUCACCGCUCAGUGGUCUGCUCUCUGCGGCUCUCAUCCGUGAAGUAACGGGCUGCGGGUCUCCGCCUCCAAGAUGCACUGAUUUGAGUUUGCCAGACAACGCAGCCGAGCUCACUGGAUUCGUUUUACCUGUCAGCAUGGAUGAGUGUCGUGCAUGACGUUAUCCUCUGGGUUUGGCGGUGUGAGUCUAGUGGACGGACAAGUUUGUGGAAGUUGGCGAGGUCGACUCGAAGGCAUCGACUGCGUGGAGACAGCGACACACUGACUGGCACAAGACGGACCUCACCCUCCAGCAUGGGCACAACCCGGGCCGACAGUGUCUUCCUUUGCUUCAGCAACUUUAAAAUGAGCACAAAGUGACUACAAACAACCACCCAGCCUUUACACAACAUCAGCAUCAAUAUUCAGGGGCUGACAGUUGGUGCCUUCCUCUUUAGCAUUAGCAACAGCAGCUAAGGUAACAGCUUUGGCAGCUUGAACAGUAGCAUAGCCAAUGUGUAAGAGAGUGUGUGUGUGUAACUUGGCCUGCCAGUCCCUGGGGAGGACCAGCAAAGGAGUUGUGUUACACUCCCUGACAGGCCUUAUACAUGUUUCAUCUGCUGCUCUCAGAAAAGAAGCCCCCUUUGUUAUCUAAUCCAGCCCUCCCCUCUCCAGCCUGAGAGACUGGGUUUACUGCCACUAGACUGCUCUUCACAGUCUGUCAGCCAGCCACUGAACUACAUAUCAACCAACAGCUGAAGAGCAACAGAAGGACUUGGUUGGGCUGAGGUCCACCAAAGAUUGUCAAGAAUCUAAAUUGUGCCUCAUCUCUUCAGCACUAAACCUCAACUUUUCUGUAGCUAAAAGCCUUCAAGCUGCAGAAUUGCAGAAUUUGCAAUUCUUGUAACCAAGGAUCUAAAAAAACAAGAGCUUUAGUGGUUGUAUUUGCAUUUUAGAAAGCUAGUCAGGAGCAUGAGUGACAGUCUUAGACCCCCUUCGCUCCAGGUGAGCGUCCCAAACGAUGCCCCGGCAUACUCAGACGGAGGAAGCAACGCCGUGUCAGAUGGCUCCAUGCGAUCCAGCUCCUCAACCCCGACGCUCCGCCGCAAGCGCUUCAAAAUGCGGCGCAUGAGGAACGUGCCCAGCGAGAAGGAGAUCGAAAGGGGGCGGCUAACUGUCGGUCACCUCACGGCCCGAUCCCGCUCCGGCUCCAAGGAGUACCUCCAGUUGCCUUCCAUUGAGAUCACGCCAUCCAGCGAUGAAGACGUCCCCUCUUCCUGGUCGCGCUGCUCCACGCCAAGUGCCUCUCCGCGACGUAAGCGUUUCCUGUUGAGGAAGUGGCUGAAGGUCCGAGAGAAGAAGGAACAAGGCAGUGAGAGCAGCAGCCAGCAGAGCAGUCAGCAAAGCAGCCUGCAGAGCAGCCAUGAAGAUGACAACACUCGCUUCUUGACUCCAUUAAUCAGAGAGGAGAGGUCUGACAGUGCAGCGGACAAAAUCAGCACUGCCAGUAACUCAAACAAGAGCACGCCUGCCUGCUCACCAGUCCUGCGCAAACGCUCGCGCUCUCCCACACCGCAGAGCCAGGAGGGUGAGAAUAUGGUCGAGAAGGGUUCAGACCACUCCUCUGACAAAUCCCCCUCUACGCCUGAGCAGGUUGUCCAGAGAACAUACUCCCUGCAGUCAGCAAGAAGUGGGGGAAAGAACUCAAAGUCUCACAAGCGACUUUCCAAAUAUGACAGACUAAACCUGAUUAAAAAGAGCCAAAGCUGGUACAACCAUGAAAGACAACACAUCCUGAGAGUGCUGAGCCCGACGUACAAGCAGCGCAAUGAGGACUUUAGGAAACUCUUCAAGCAGCUCCCUGACACAGAGAGACUCAUUGUGGACUACUCCUGUGCUCUUCAACGGGACAUCCUCCUGCAGGGACGACUCUACCUCUCUGAGAACUGGAUCUGUUUCUAUAGCAACAUCUUCCGCUGGGAAACACUGCUGACAGUGCGGCUAAAGGACAUCUGCUCAAUGACAAAAGAGAAGACUGCCCGCCUCAUUCCCAAUGCCAUCCAGGUCUGCACAGACACUGAGAAGCACUUUUUCACCUCAUUUGGAGCCAGGGACAGGACUUACAUGAUGAUGUUCAGACUGUGGCAGAAUGCACUGCUGGACAAGCCCUUGUGCCCCAAAGAACUGUGGCACUUCGUUCAUCAGUGCUAUGGCAACGAGCUCGGCCUAACCAGUGACGAUGAGGACUAUGUUCCCCCUGAUGACGACUUCAACACCAUGGGGUUCAGUGAAGAGAUUCCCAAUGAAGAGAAUGAGAUCAACAAUGACAACUUGUCUAAGAGCAGCGCUGAGGCCAAGCCUGAGGGGAGCCCUCCUCUGCUACAAAAGAAGGUCGUCCCAAACAGCACCAUCCCCAGCCCAGGCAACCAUGACACACCCAUCACAUUUGACCUCCCAGCAGAAGAGUAUGCAGACUGCCUACCAGACGGCGAGCUGCUUGCUGUGCCACUGGUGGUGGAAGAGAGGAACAAUGAUACCAGCGGGCCUGGUGGCCCUGUCCCCUCACCCUCUCUGGACUUCAACGACAACGAAGACAUCCCCACUGAGCUCAGUGACUCCUCCGAAACACACGACGAGGGUGAAGUACAGGCCUUCCAUGAGGAUCUGAAUGGCAGGCAGUACAUCAAUGAGGUCUACAAGUUCAGUGUGGACAAACUUUAUGACAUCCUCUUCACAGAGUCGCAAUUCAUGAGUGACUUCAUGGAACAGAGACGAUUCUCAGAUGUGGUGUACCACCCGUGGAAGAAGGAGGAGGCUGGGAACCAGACCAGAGAGAUCCUGUACACCAUCUCGCUGUCCAACCCCCUGGCCCCCAAAACAGCCACAGUCACUGAGACACAGACUCUGUACAAAGCCAGUCAGGAGAGUGAGUGUUACAUCAUCGACGCUGAGGUCAUCACACAUGACGUGCCCUACCACGAUUACUUCUACACUCUCAAUCGCUACAUGCUCACCAGGGUGGCCAAGAACAAGUGUCGGUUACGGGUAUCGACAGAGCUGCGCUACAGGAAACAGCCGUGGGGGCUGGUGAAAGGCUUCAUAGAGAAAAACUUCUGGAGCGGGUUAGCAGAGAACUUCCGCCAUCUAGAGUUGGAGCUGUCCAAGCUGGAGGAGCUCCUGACCGAGUCCCACCAGCUGUCUCCGAAGGCCAAGGUGGUGAAAAACUCCACGGUGAGGCGGAAGAAGAGGCCACUCCCCCACAUGCGCAGCCAGCAUCUGGACGAGGCGCUCAGCCCCGUUACCACGCCGACGGAUGAGGAAGUGAUUCAGAGGAUCAAACAAGUGGCAGGCUCCACACAAACCAGACACCAGAGUCCAGAACACCACCACCUGCCCGGAGGCUUCGCUCUGUACAGCGUCUCCAAACUGCUGCUCAUCAUCAGCUUUGUGAUCUGUCUAAGCCUGGUCCUGCUGGUGUUCCUCAACAUGAUGCUCUUCUACAAGCUGUGGAUGCUGGAGUACUCUGCACAGUCCUUAACAACCUGGCAAGGUCUACGGCUUCAUGAAAGUAAAUUGCCUCAGACGCAGAUGGAGUGGGCCCAGCUCCUGGAGGCGCAGCAGCGUUACCAUGACGCCGAGCUGCAGAAGUGGAGGGAGAUUAUCAAGUCGUCAGUAGUGCUGCUAGACCAGAUGAAAGAUUCUUUAUUGAACCUUCAGCGAGGCAUUGGUUUAAGGGACUACAGCUCCGAGGCUGAAGAGAAGCGAAGUCGCUAUCACUGACACACCACCACAAGGCCAUGAGGGCAUGCUGUGCAAUAUAGGACCUGUUUUGUUUUCGAACCAGUAUGCAGGCAGCAGCAAGACAGAGAGAGGGAGGACAGAGGGGAAGGCGGGACCAACAGUGAGCUGGUCCAAUAGACACAAAAAGAGGAACAGUCGUCUCCAGCGCACAGAGGUUAAAACCCCCAGGAGGAGGAAAUCAUAGACAGAAAGUGCCCCUACCACACACAGGAACUGAGGUGUCCCCAACGUCACUGAGGCAUUGUGGGAAGGUGCGAGACUUGCUCCUUCUCUAACCUGUGGGAUAACCGUUUCCUUCUACUCUCUUUCUUUCCAAGUGCAUCCUACCAUAAGCCAUGUUGACCAGACAGUGGCAGAGAGAAAGAAGGAAAACUAAUGCAUGCAUUUAGACAACCUAGCUCCCCUCAGUCAGUGUUAAUGUGGUCCAGUUCCAGUCUAUGUGUGUCCAAAAAAAGAAGAACAGGAGAAAAGGAGAGAUCGAGUCAAAGAAAGGGGGGUCCUUUCGAGUCUUAAUGGCUUUCUACACUCUCUAGACUGUUCCAAACCAAUCGUCCCCUAGAGGUCUUUGCUGCAGCGUCCCUUUAGUAAACCUCCAUGUGAUCAGAGUACAGUAUCGUCCCCCAACCAAAAAGGAAAAGAAGUGUUGCAGCUGGGAGCUCAGCUUCGGUGCUCAGUCCCUAUUGCCUUGUUUGAACCUGGCCUGUAUGGUCUCUGUCAGGGCUGGUUCCCUGUCAGACAGUUGUGUUGAAAUAUUUAUUAGUAGAAUCUUAAGAUUGAUGAGACCUAAGCCAGUAUUUUUAACCUUAUACACAAUUCACAUCAUCAGUUGCCCCUGCCACAGUGUUAGCUACCUUACAUUGCAUUAUACCUCAUCCUUCUAAUAAAGUAGAAUGUAUUAGCCUGGACAAAAAGGCCAGACUUUGAUCACAACUUAUUAAUCUUUGAAAAAGGGAUGCUGCUGCCAGACUAAUAGGGAGACCUUUGUUCUUACAUGUUUUAUUACUAAACUGUGACUAUAUCUCUUUAAAAAUGUUUCAAAUUAGAAAGAAUUCUAUGAAUAUAUUUGAAAUAUAUAAGAAUAUUUCAUUAUUUAAUAUAUAUAUAUUUCAAAAUAUAUAAACAUUACCUAUAUUUAUUGUUAAUUUAUGUACAUAAAGAAAUUAUCAGAGCUCUAGACCAGUUAAAGAAUUUCUAACAAAAAGUGUUUUCUUCUAAAAAUGCAUGCCAGAUAUGUCUGUGACAUGUCCAGUGUGCAAGUAUGAUUCUGCAUUCGCGCGAUUAUCUUCGCGCAUGUGUGUGAGAGUGUGUGUGAGUGCGUGCAUGCGUGCGUGCGUGUGCGCACAAGUGUGUGCUGUAAAGUGUGACAUUUUUACCAUUCCACACUUGUAUGUUUCUUAAUUUUUCUUUUCUGGCUCCUGCAGCCAGACUGCCUUUUUUAAUGCUAAUGCAUUUGGAUGUCGCCUUGCAUUAGCCAUAACCAGGGUACAGUUUACAAUCGAAGAGUUUUGUUCCAAAAUGACAUAUCCAACAUUUGAAAACAAAGUUAUACCUACUUUUACAAAAUAAUUGAUUGCUUAAACUAUGAAUUAAUGCCACAUACUAAGUAGCUUAAUUCCAUGGUUGACAAAGGGAAGAAGACAGACUUGAGCAUCUAAAGUUUUAAUAUUGAAUGAUGAUCUUUCUCUUGUAAAUGGAUAUAUAACAUUUUGGAGAUGAACCCUUCAUCUGCCCUCUGUGAGCAACUCUUUGUCCAUGUCACCACAUUAGUGGCUUGACGACUCUUUGCUAAAAGGAAUAGUUUGACAUUUUGAGAAAUUCCCUUUCUUGCCAAGAGUUAGAUGAGAAGAUUGCUACUACUCUCAUGUUUGUACGUUAAAUAUGAAGCUACAGCUAGCAGCCGGUUAGCUAGCUUAGCAAGCCAUUUCCCCGUUUCCUGUGUUCAUGCUAAGAUAACCAUCUCCUGGCUCUACUGGCCAGCCGCCAGUUAGCUUAGCUUACCUCUUAAUAUGACACAAUAACGAGACCUUUCAAAGGGUUUUGUGUUCUCAGCAAUGUUUUUUUCCAUAGGUCAAAUGUUUAAUGUAUGUUUCCCUGGAUCAAUAUGUUGAAAUCACCCACCUACAGCUUAUAGCCUACUGAUUUUAUACUCAAAUUUGCGAGCAAGUUUUCUUGACUUUAGACAUUGACAUCUCCACCCAGUGGCUGAACAGCUUUUUACCAUUCAAACUGCAUUUGAAACAUCCAUCUCCCAUUGUUCUUUUGCAAAUUGCACUGCAAAGAUAGCCCUUAGCGAUCUCUUACAAUGUUAGUUUAUAUCAAGAGACACACAUGCUGGGAACAUAAGAAUGAGCCCGUCUGUAUGUUUCCCCCUUUUUCCCAUUCUUUAUGCUAAGCUAACUAUCUCCUGGCUCUAGCUUCAUAAUUACCCUGCAGAAAGAAAGCAAAUAAGCAUAUUUCCCAAAAUGCUGCUACUUCAACCCAUAUUAUACUCUCCCUUCCCCCAUUUGAAGUGUCUGUCUUGGAUGCAAAGAAAGCAUGAGAAUUAACUUUACGUAACUAAAUUGAACCAAAAGAAAGAAGUAGAAAUGUACCUUCACGAGUUAUCAUGUUGAUUUAUAUUAAGUAUUUAUCAUGUAUGUCAUGUAUUAUCUAUAUACUUGAUCAGGUGCGGUAAAGAACAUCUCUUAAGAGUUUGUCAACAGAGACCCCUGACAGCUGACAGACUUCAGCGAUGAAAGCACUUCCAAAAAUAAGAAAAACUUCCUUGUGUUUAAAGAAAAAAGGAAAAGUGAAGCACUUUAAGGCCUUUUCAGGUUAAGUAUGAAAGAAAGAAAUGGCAGCGGUUUAGUUUGGAGGGGAAUGGAGGGCUGAGGAAAUUCUUUCUAAUUUGUGUUUCAGUUAAUUUGACAAUCACACGGGUGAUUUUACAACUUCCAAACUCAUUAGAAAAAGCUGGAUUUUAAUCCUGCUAAUUUGUUUCUGCUCAAAAAUAGUGUUGUGCAUUAUUCUAUUUAAUGUGAUUACAUGUGAAUCUCUUUCAAUUUCACAUCCCAAAGCGCAAUCUACGACUGACACUUGUCUAUUUCAGGGCAAGGCAAGGAUGAAUGAUUUGUAUGAGGGAAAAGGUAUCUUUACUGUGUGCCUGCAUGGCGUGUUACUGACUGACUUUAUCUGAAACAGCAGAAAAGUUUCAGGACCUGACCCCUGCUGUGUGUGUGUAUAUUACAUUUGAAGAAGGCACUGAGUAAUGAUAACACAUGGAAACCUUAAGACCUGAAUGUGAAUGGUUGAAAAUGUUUUCUGUUUUAUAGAAAUCACUUUCACAAUCCUGAACACUGAAAGAUUAUAGUGAAGUUAUGCUUCAUGUAUGUGAUGGUACAGAAAUGUCAUAUAUGUGAAAAUGUGAAUGAAAUGCUUUAAAGUGUUUGUUUUUCAAAAUGUAUGACGAAAUUGAUUUUUCUUUUUCAGAUGCUUGAAUUAAAUGUUUUGUUUUGUUUAGAAAUUACAAACAUUCAAAUAUUGUUUAGCAGGAGACACGGCAAAUGCUUGGUAGUUUUACUCCCCAACUCUGGAUUUAUUGACACCUGAUUUUAAUCAGGACACUGAAAUUUUAUUUACUGUGAAAUAAUUUAUAGUGACAGACAAGUUUGAACAAGAACAGCUGUAAAACACACAUCCUCCUCAGUCCAUAUUAAAUAUUCACUCGGGCCUCCAAGAAUCUGUCACAGCAGACUUGCAUUUAUUUUCAUCAAUCUCCACAAUUAUGCAAAUUAAGUAUUUUUUCAUCAUUCCCUUCGAAACUCCUUGUUUCGCAUUGCUACAAACAAAUUUAACUUAAACAAAUCUAAGCUGCGAUUUCUCACAGAUAACACCUGUUAGUUGUUUUUUUCUUUUUUGUAUUCAGUCUUUCUUUUCUAGUGUGCACUCACAGUUAUCUGCGUUACACAAAUGAUUGUAUGAUUGCUGUCGCUGCACAGCUGUGGAACCAAGGUGACCCCGAGAGUUCUGGAUGCCACCGUUUUGUCACUGGCAACUAACAAAUUGUGCUUCAUUGACUGUAUUAAUUGGCCUUUGCCUUGCUGUCACAGAGCCAGCGAGACAUUAGUGCCACCAAUGCAACACAGCACUAACAGCCUUGGUUAACACGCACGUUAGGAAUCACACACAACCUUCUAAAAUCAACCAGUGAUCAAACUCAUAGCAAAUGCUCUUCUUCGAGUGUGUCUUGAUAAAAUUUGUCCUGGUGUAGUUCUGUUCAAAAAGAAUUCUACUGUAUGUUUUUUUUAGAAAAUGUUUUGAUCUCUAGAGAGACUUUUAGUGAAAUUUAUACAUGAGAUAAAUAUACUGUACGUAUAUGUUGUGUAUAUCUGCAGUGUGCACACACACACACACACACACAUUGACAAAAGAAUCCAACCUGCGCUGCGCGUAGGUUUUGACUUGCCGAUGAUUUUGCCUCAUAGAGACUGAAGAUGGAAGUGGCUUUCUGGUUCAUGUGAAGUAGAGAUUGGAAGUAUGAAUAAAAAAAUAUAUAAUAUACAAA